AUGGCGCGGCCGGCCUGGGGAGCGCUCGGGGCCCCGCGCCGUUCGCCCUGUCUUCUGCUCAUGUCGCUGCUGCUGCUACUUCGGCCGGAGCCGGCGAGGGCCGUGACCGGCACUCGGGCGCCCUGUCCCGCCGCCUGCACUUGCGCUGGGGACUCGGUGGAUUGCGGCGGGCGCGGGCUGACGACGCUGCCCGGAGACCUGCCCGCCUGGACUCGGAGCCUAAACCUGAGUCACAACAAGUUUUCUGAGAUUGACCCUGCUGAUUUCAUGGACUUGCUGAAUCUUCAGGAAGUGUACCUCAGUACUAAUCAGCUCACAGCCAUCCCAUACCUGGGUGCUGCUUCGUCUAACAUCGUCUCGCUCUCUCUACAGCACAAUAAGAUUCGCCUUGUAGAGGGGAAGCAUCUGGAGGCGUACCUUUCCUUGGAAGUGUUGGACCUGAGUUCGAACAACAUCACGGAAAUCCGGAGUGCCUGCUUUCCCCAUGGGCUGCCCAUAAAAGAGCUCAACUUGGCGAGCAACCGGAUCAGCACCCUGGAGUCAGGAGCAUUUGAUGGUCUGUCACGGUCGCUGCUAACGCUCCGCCUGAGCAAAAACAGGAUCACCCAGCUUCCUGUGAAAGCAUUUAAGUUACCCAGGCUGACACAACUGGACCUCAAUCGGAAUCGGAUCCGGCUCAUCGAGGGCCUGACGUUCCAGGGACUCGACAGCCUGGAAGUGCUGAAGCUACAGCGAAACAACAUCAGCAAACUGACAGAUGGGGCCUUCUGGGGGCUGUCCAAGAUGCAUGUGUUGCACCUGGAGUUCAACAGUCUGACAGAAGUGAACAGCGGGUCACUCUACGGCCUCACAGCCCUGCACCAGCUCCAUCUCAGCAACAAUUCCAUCUCUCGCAUUAACCGUGAUGGCUGGAGCUUCUGCCAAAAGCUGCACGAGCUGAUUCUGUCCUUCAACAACCUUACCCGGCUGGACGAGGAGAGCCUGGCCGACUUGAGCAGCCUGAACAUCUUGCGGCUCAGUCAUAAUUCCAUCAGCCACAUCGCGGAGGGCGCCUUCAAGGGACUCAAAAGCCUGCGCAUCUUGGAUCUGGAUCAUAACGAGAUUUCAGGCACAAUAGAAGACACCAGUGGAGCUUUUACUGGGCUUGACAGCCUGAGCAAGCUGACUCUGUUUGGAAACAAGAUCAAGUCUGUGGCUAAGAGAGCCUUCUCAGGGCUUGAAGGCCUGGAGCAUCUGAACCUUGGUGAGAAUGCCAUCCGAUCUGUUCAGUUGGAUGCCUUUGUGAAGAUGAAGAACCUUAAAGAGCUCCGUAUCAGCAGCGACAGCUUUCUAUGUGACUGCCAGCUGAAAUGGCUGCCCCCGUGGUUGAGGGGGAGGAUGCUGCAAGCCUUGGUGACAGCCACCUGUGCCCACCCACAGUCCCUGAAGGGCCAGAGCAUUUUCUCCGUGCCCCCGGAAAGUUUUGUCUGUGAUGACUUUCCGAAGCCGCAGAUUAUCACCCAGCCAGAGACGACCAUGGCUGUACUGGGCAAGGAUAUCCGGUUCACGUGCUCGGCAGCUAGCAGCAGCAGCUCUCCCAUGACCUUUGCCUGGAAGAAGGACAAUGAGGUUCUGCUCAACGCAGACAUGGAGAACUUUGCCCAUGUCCGUGCACAGGGUGGGGAGGUGAUGGAGUACACCACGAUCCUGCACCUCCGUCACGUCACUUUUGGGCACGAGGGCCGCUAUCAGUGUAUCAUCACCAACCACUUCGGCUCCACCUACUCACACAAGGCCAGGCUCACUGUGAAUGUGUUGCCAUCAUUCACCAAAAUGCCCCAUGACAUUGCCAUCCGGACCGGCACCAUGGCCCGCCUCGAAUGUGCUGCCCGGGGCCACCCCAACCCCCAGAUUGCUUGGCAGAAGGACGGAGGCACAGACUUCCCCGCUGCUCGGGAGCGACGCAUGCACGUCAUGCCAGACGACGACGUGUUCUUCAUCACUGAUGUGAAAAUAGACGACAUGGGAGUGUACAGCUGUACCGCCCAGAACUCAGCAGGCUCCGUGUCCGCCAAUGCCACCCUGACUGUCUUAGAAACGCCGUCCUUGAUGGUACCAUUGGAAGACCGUGUGGUGUCUGUAGGAGAAACCGUGGCACUCCAGUGCAAAGCCAGUGGGAGCCCGCCGCCUCGCAUCACCUGGCUCAAGGGGGACCGGCCUCUGGGCCUCACUGAGAGACACCACUUUACCCCUGGCCACCAGCUACUUGUUGUUCAGAACGUGGUGGUGGAGGAUGCAGGCAGGUACACCUGUGAGAUGUCCAACGCCCUAGGCACUGAGCGAGCCCACAGCCAGCUGAGUGUCUUGUCCACCACUGGCUGCAGGAAGGACGGGACCAGCAUGGGCAUCUUCACCAUCGCCGUGGUGUGUAGCAUCGUCCUGACGUCUCUGGUCUGGGUGUGCAUCAUCUACCAGACCAGAAGGAAGAGCGAGGAAUACAGCGUCACGAACACAGAUGAAACUAUCGUGCCACCUGACGUUCCAAGCUACCUCUCCUCUCAGGGGACCCUUUCUGACCGACAGGAAACUGUGGUCAGGACUGAGGGUGGCCACCAGGCCAAUGGGCACAUCGAGAGCAACGAGCCCAGCAGCCCGAUCAUCUGCAGUGAUUACAACACUGAUGUGGUCAGUUACUCCAAGGAGCAGCACGCCUUUCAGCCUCAGCCUGGGUCCGGAGACACAAAUACACCCAGAGGCCAGGAGAUCGUUUGGAGUGACCGAGAACAUUCUCCACGUCUCCCAAGCAGCGGGACUGGUGGUGAUGAGUCGCCUGCUGAUAGUCGGGGUUCUGUUUACCCCAGUAACCAUGACAGAAUGCCUACGUCGUUGAAGAAAAAGCCAGUGGCACCUGUAGAUGGGAAAGGAGGCUCUUCUUGGACUUUAACAAGGUUGUGUGAGCUGGACUCCCUAGACCCACAGUCCUCAUCUAGGCUAGCUUCAGGUAGCCCUGUGCUUACAGAGGCUGGCUCCAGCUUCCUCGAUGUCCCCAGUGAAGGCCAGCACUUGCUUCUUCCCAAUGGGCACCUAGCCCAGGCAUGUAACUCCACUCCCGAGUCCACGCCGCUGACAGGACAGCUCCCCGGGAAGCAGAGUGUCCCACUGCUGUGUGCACCGAAGAUCUAG